AUGAGCCGGGCCAAAAUUCUGGGCUUCGUGGCCUUCAUCGUGGGCCCUGUAGGUAUCAUCACCGGAAUUGGCACCAACAUCUACAGGGAAUUAUCGUCAAGCAAUUCAACCCUUGUACGCGAUACCUCGAGCACAGUUAUGGUCGCCUUAGAUCAUUCGCCUGCAUUGCAUGGUCCAGGGCUCGAGCAAGAUGCUAUCUUGAAAUUCUGGAAUGAGCCAUACUCGAAAGCCAGCUGCUUCCCAAGCACCCCUGCAACGACAAUAUCACUUUCUCCUGGUGUCUGCCUCACGAAUACCGGCUUCCGAAACUAUGAUGUCCAAAUCAAGUCAGAAGGACUCUGCGCAGACGGCAGUGUACCUACCUUCUUCACCUACGCCCAAGCCGCUUGCACUGAAGAGCUUGAUGGUGGAACCGAAAUGUCCUCUUCUCCUACAGUUGGUCAAUGUUUCCACAGAGAGUCUGGACAGUCUUUGCAAUCUUCGAUAAUUUUCAGAUGUGGUAAAGCUAUCAAGACCCCUCAAGUAAUGCACAAUAAGCAUGGGCACACCGACGAAGCCAACCUUGCCAGCCUGUCUCCUGAGGCGACCACAGACUUCCACGCAGUUUUCAACAAAGCGGACUACAAUGUCAGACAGACCCAGAGGACCUUCAAGCCAGACGUCUGUCACCGCUUAAACUCCACCGUCAAUAUUGUGCCCGGAAAGUGUAGCAACUCGCGUACGCCGGUUCUCCAUACUUUUGUUCGAAGAGACUGCAAGGGCAACUUUGUCGUGCAGGGACAAUUGGAGCAUUCUACCUCCUGGGACCCAAAAGCGCAAUACACCUCAAGCGUUGUCCUUGCAUGUCAUCAGUUUGCCGCCCUGGAUGACUGGGUGGUUUGGAAGAUGCUUUUGUGCCUUAUAGUCAUGCCCGUUUGUUUGGCCUUGGUUGGCUCUUAUUAUCGAUGGUGGGCAACACAGUUCCUUUUCCUGUCAUACGUAGUAGUAUCUUCGCUGUACGGCUACGACGGUAGAGUCGAUGGUUGGACCCCUAGAUAUGUCCCCUACAUCGCGUCUUUUACCUUUGGGGUCAACGUCCUUUAA